UGAUGGAAGAAUUUGAAGUAAAUAAAGCAACUGGUCCAGAUAGAGUAUCAAACUGGAUAUUGAAGGAAUGUAGAGAACAACUGGCUGAUAAAAUUCAGUCUAGUGGUGACAUCACUAUCACCAGGAAGAGUGUCAAAAGAUUGGAAGAAAGCAAAUAUUACACCAAUAUACUCGUAUAAAGGAGGAAAUAAGGAAAAUCCACUAAAUUAUAGACCAGUGUCCUUGACUAAUGUUGUAGGAAAAUUAUUUAAAAGAACAAUAAAGGAAAGAUGGAUGGAACACUUGGAAAGAGAAAGUUUUGGUAAAUUGUCAGUUUGUAUUUAGGAGGGGAAGAUCAUGCUCCAUGAACUUAUUGUCCUUUUAUUCAAGCGUAGUUGAUAUUGUGCAGUAGUGAGAUGGAUGGGUGGAUGGUGUCUACUUAAACUUGAAGAAGGCAUUUGACAAAGUACCACACCAAAGAUUGCUAUGGAAGAUUUAAAAAAAAAUAUGGAAAAAUUGGAGGAAGACUGCUGGAGUGGAUGGAAGAUUAUCUGAAUGAUAGAGAGAUGAAAAACUGUAAUACAAGACCAAAAUUCAUCUUGGCUGAAAGUAACUAGUGGUGUCCCACAGGGGUAAGUGAUGGGACCAAUAAUGUUUGUAAUAUAUGUAAAUGACAUAAAUGAAGAAAUAGGUAGUUAUAUGAACUUAUUUGCAGAUGAUGCUAAGCUGAUGAGAGGGAUAGAAAAUGUAAAUGACUGCAUGUUACUGCAAGAUGAUUUAAAUAAGACAAAUAGAUGGAGUAAAUCUUGGCAAGUGGAAUUCAGUUUAAGUAAAUGUAAAGUAAUGGAGUUUGAUUAGAGUAAGAAAAGAAUAGAGUAUCAUUAUGAGAUGGAAGGUGUGAAGCUAAAGAAGUCAAAAGAGGAAGUGGAUUUGGGAGUAACAGUUACUUAAAAUCUGACUCUGGACAGACACAUUGAUAAAAUUACUGGAGAGACGAUGAAUUUGCUAAAAAGAGUAAGAAUGACAUUCUCAUAUUUGGAUAAAGAAAUGAUAAAAAGUUGAUUUCCAUGAUAAGACCAAGAUUGGAAUAUGUGGCAGUAGUGUGGUCUCCUCAUGCAAAGAGAAACAUUAUAAAAUUAGAAAGAGUACAAAGAGCAGUCACUAAGAUGGUUCUGGAGUUGAGCAAGUCAACCUAUGAAGAGAGAUUAAGAAUGUUGGAAAUUCCUAUCCUUGAAAAUAGGAGAGAGAGAGAGAGAGAGAGAGAGAGAGAGAGAGAGAGAGAGAGAGAGAGAGAGAGAGAGAGAGAGAGAGAGAGAGAGAGAGAGAGAGGAGAUUUAAUAAACAUCUAUAGAAUGAGAAAUGGUAUGGAAAAUGUGGACAAAAGAUGUUUUAUAAAUUUAGACACACAGAGUACAAGGGGACACAGUAAGAAGCUGAAGAAAGUUAACUAUAGAAGAGACAUCAAGAAGUAUAUUUUUCCUCAUAGAAGUGUGAACAAAUGGAAUGAACUCAGUGAAGAUGUUGUCAGUGCCAUAACUGUCCAUGUUUUUAAGACCAAACUGGAUAGAUAGAGAGACGGGAUACUAUGAGAUUACUCCCCUCCUGUAAACCACAACUAGGUAAACACACACACACACACACACACACACACACACACACACACACACACACACACACACACACACACACACACACACACACACACACACACACACACACACCUCUCCAUACUAUGGACACCCACACCCACCACCUCGACCCCCCGGUCAGCUGUCACCAGGACCCACUGCCCCAUUCCUGACUCAGCCAUGAGGGAGUUUGGGCAGUGGAUGACACAACACCCGUGGACCGAGGUGCUGGAUGUGGAGGACGUCCACUUAAAAUUGCAAAAUUACGUCGCCACCACCACAGAAGCCUUCCACCACUACUUCCCAGCCAAGAGCGUCACAGCGCACCCGUCUGAUGCCUCCUGGAUGACGACCUGCAUUAAAAGACUCAUGCAUCAGCGGACCUGGGCGCUCCACUCCUGCCCGGUCCUAUACAGAAAGCUAAGAAACAGAGUGAUCAGGGAGAUUAAGGCUGUCAAGGCAAGCUAUUACCCGGACAAGAUACACCACCUCAAGCUGGCCAACAACAGACAGUGCCACCUGGACAAGCGUAACACCUCUUUAGCUGUUGCUUUUGUGGACUUCAAAAGGAGGGAGGCAUCAGGCCGUUCGCUAUCAGGGCUCUGUCUCUAAUUUCCAACAGCAGACAAGUAGGGUCCCCCAAGGGACCAAGAUGGGUCCACUAUGCUUCCUCCUCCUCAUUAACGACGCCCUCACUGACACCCCCCAUCGCUGGAAGUAUGUGGACGACUGCACCGUGGGCAUCCCAGUUUACAUCAAGGACCCAGACUACUCGCCACUGCAAGCAAUUCUGGAGUGACUGCAGAUGUGGACGGAGGAGAGCAGGAUGACCAUCAACCUCAGCAAAACUGUGGUGAUGCAUUUCUGUACCUCCUCUGUACCAGUGCCCCCUCCCCAGCUCACAGUGGGCCCUCACCCCUUCCAGGUGGUCCGAUGUGCCAAGCUUCUCAGAGUCACUACAGUGCACCUCAUUCUUUUCAAUUUCUGAUUGCAGAGCCUUGAUCUUAAACUCCAUUAUUUGCAAUUCUAAUUUUCUUUUUUUUUGGCUAGAUGAAUAGCCUCAUUCUUAUCAAUCAGGAUGAUUGUCUCCUGCUGUAUGUGCUCCCCAGAGGAUGGAGAGACAUCCUCCAGUGGUGGCCCAACCUCAGUGUCUUCCUUGGGGUCUGCAGUACUACCUUCAGACACAGGCAUACUGCUGUAAAUUAAGACAAGAUGAUUAUGAUGUCAUCGUAACUUACCUUGGUAUGUGUGGGAUGAUCGGAGUUCUUCCUAAGCUGUGCUGCCCAGCUUUGCAUAGUCAUGCAUGACUGAUGUGGUGUUACCAGUAUUCAGAUUUCAUCCAAGGUUGGGGAUGAGCAAUGGAUUUGGCGGAUAUCAUCAGUAAAACAACCGUUCAAAAUAUAGCAUUGAAUUAGACCAUACAGAUGAAUCAAGAACAGCCAAAGAACAUCCUUCUCAGACAUGUAGAAUAGUCCAACCAGCAGAGCAACAUGUCAUACCCAUACAAAAAUGUAACCUUAGACAUAUCAACGUGAUAUAUAUACAAUCUGCGGCCCAUCAACCAAGGGACAUUAAUUAAAUGGGAUGGGCAGGGAUGCAUGACCACGCAAAGCUGGGCAGCACAGCUUAGGAAGAACUCUGAUCAUCGCGUACUUACCAAGGUAAGUUACGAUGAUCUCACAAUUCUUCCACAGCAUGACAUCACGCUGCUAGGUGACAUCAUGUAUGACUAUUCGUAGCCUCAUCUCCAACCAAACAACAACAAACUUUUUGAAAAAAGGACAAGUAUACAUUCUCUCUCUCUCUCUCUCUCUCUCUCUCUCUCUCUCUCUCUCUCUCUCUCUCUCUCUCUCUGUCUGUCUGUCUGUCUGUCUGUCUGUCUGUCUGUCUGUCUGUCUGUCUGUCUGUCUGUCUGUCUGUCUGUCUGUCUGUCUGUCUGUCUGUCUGUCUGUCUGUCUGUCUCUCUCUCUCUCUCUCUCUCUCUCUCUCUCUCUCUCUCUCUCUCUCUCUCUCUCUCUCUCUCUCUCUCUCUCUCUCUCUCUCUCUCUCUCUCUCUCUCUCUCUCUCUCUCUCUCUC